GCACAGCCGAGGAAAGCUGCUGAGGAGCUGUCAAAAAACUGGAUUAUUACAGCCGCUGACGGCCGGAUCUCAGGCUCGGAGAGGAGGAGAGGAGGAAAGGGGGAGUCAUGUUGUCUUCUGGCCGAGAGAAAGAGCCGAACAUCUGAGCGUUUUCCCCCCGCAGCGGCGGCGGCAGAGGUGGUCCCCAGCUUGUAUUUAAAAUGUCAGAUAAGAUGUCUAGCUUCUUGCACAUCGGGGACAUCUGCUCCCUGUAUGCGGAAGGAUCAACCAAUGGCUUCAUCAGCACCCUGGGCUUGGUGGAUGACCGUUGUGUCGUCCAGCCCGACGCUGGAGACCUCAACAACCCCCCGAAGAAGUUCAGAGACUGCCUGUUCAGGCUGUGUCCCAUGAACCGUUACUCGGCUCAGAAGCAGUUCUGGAAAGCAGCAAAGCCUGGAGGGAACACGGACACGGUGCUGCUCAACAAGCUCCAUCAUGCAGCAGACCUGGAGAAGAAGCAAAAUGACUCUGAGAACAAAAAGCUGCUUGGAACAGUAAUUCAGUACGGGAAUGUCAUUCAGCUCCUUCACCUAAAGAGCAACAAAUACCUGACGGUGAACAAACGGCUGCCGGCGCUGUUGGAGAAGAACGCCAUGAGGGUGAUGCUGGACACGGCUGGGAACGAGGGCUCCUGGUUUUACAUACAGCCCUUCUACAAGCUCCGCUCCAUUGGCGACAGUGUAGUGAUUGGGGAUAAAGUGGUCUUGAACCCAGUGAACGCUGGUCAGCCUCUCCAUGCCAGCACACACCAGCUUGUGGAUAAUCCAGGAUGCAACGAGGUGAAUUCGGUCAACUGUAACACCAGCUGGAAGAUUGUCCUGUUUAUGAAAUGGAGCGACAAUCAGGAGAUCAUCCUAAAAGGGGGUGAUGUGGUUCGGUUGUUCCACGCAGAGCAGGAGAAAUUCCUCACGUGUGAUGAUCACAGAAAAAAGCAGUACGUUUUCCUCCGCACUACUGGACGGCAGUCAGCUACCUCGGCAACCAGCAGCAAAGCUCUCUGGGAGAUCGAGGUUGUGCAGCAUGAUCCAUGUCGAGGGGGGGCGGGCUACUGGAACAGCCUGUUUAGGUUCAAACAUCUGGCCACCGGACACUACCUGGCUGCAGAGGUGAACCCAGAGUAUGAAGAGGAGUGUCUCGAGUCCCGCUCUUCUCUGGACGGAGAGCAAGAGGCUUUGCGAGCCCGGCUGAGAAAUGUGCAGGACAAGGUGAUGUACACACUUGUCUCAGUGCCCGAUGGAAAUGACAUCUCCUCCAUAUUUGAGCUCGAUCCGACCACGUUAAGAGGGGGAGACUCACAGGUGCCCAGGAACUCGUACGUGCGCCUCAGGCACUUGUGCACCAACACAUGGGUUCACAGCACCAACCAGCCCAUUGACAAGGAGGAGGAGAAGCCUGUCAUGCUGCGUAUUGGCACCUCUGCUCUCAAAGAAGACAAAGAAGCUUUUGCCAUCGUGCCGGUUUCCCCGGCUGAAGUGAGAGACCUGGACUUUGCCAACGAUGCCAGUAAAGUGCUGGCCUCCAUAGCAGGAAAGCUGGAAAAAGGCACCAUCACUCAGAACGAGAGGAGGGCGGUGACCAAACUUCUGGAGGAUCUGGUGUUCUUUGUGGUUGACAUUCCCAACAACGGACAGGAUGUUCUGGAAAUAAUGGUUAACAAACCUAACAGAGAGCGACAGAAGCUCAUGAGAGAACAGAAUAUCCUCAAACAGAUCUUCAAGCUGCUUCAGGCGCCCUUCACCGACAGCGGGGACGGGCCCAUGCUGCGGCUGGAGGAGCUGGCCGACCAGCGCCACGCCCCCUUCAGGCACAUCUGCCGCCUGUGUUACAGGGUUUUGCGCCACUCUCAGCAGGACUACCGCAAGAACCAGGAGUAUAUAGCCAAACAGUUUCGCUUCAUGCAGAAACAGAUUGGCUAUGAUGUCUUGGCAGAGGACACAAUCACGGCUCUGCUCCAUAACAACCGCAAGCUGCUGGAGAAACACAUCACUGCUGCAGAGAUCGACACGUUUGUCAGCCUGGUGCGCAAGAACCGUGAGCCCAGGUUCCUGGACUACCUGUCCGACUUAUGUGUGUCAAUGAAUAAGUCCAUCCCUGUGACGCAGGAGCUCAUCUGCAACGCAGUGCUGGAUCCAGCAAACGGAGACAUCCUGAUAGAAACCAAACUGGUGCUGUCGAGGUUUGAGAUUGAAGGAGCACCGCUUGGAGAAAACUCAGUGGAGUCUGAGGAGGAUGAGGAGGAGGUCUGGUUGUUCUGGAAUGACAGCACUAAAGAGGUCCGCAGCAAGAGCAUCAGGGAGCUGGCACAGGACGCCAAAGAGGGCCAGAAGGAGGAUCAGGAGGUGAUCAGUUACUACAGAUACCAGCUCAACCUGUUUGCCAGAAUGUGUUUGGACCGUCAAUAUCUGGCGAUCAACAAAAUCUCCGGCCAGCUGGACGUUGAUCUGAUCUUGAGAUGCAUGUCAGACGAGGACCUGCCCUACGACCUGCGGGCGUCCUUCUGCCGCAUGAUGCUGCACAUGCAUGUGGACCGCGACCCUCAGGAGCAGGUCACGCCUGUCAAAUACGCACGGCUGUGGUCUGAAAUCCCCUCAGAGAUUGCCAUUGAUGACUACGACAAUGACGGAACAUCCAAAGAUGAAAUUAAGGAGCGAUUCUCGCAGACUAUGGAGUUUGUUGAGAACUACCUCAGGGAUGUGGUCUGUCAGAGCUUCCCUUUUGCAGACAAAGAGAAAAACAAACUCACCUUUGAGGUGGUGAAUCUUGCAAGGAAUCUCAUUUAUUUCGGCUUCUACAACUUCAGCGACCUGUUGAGACUGACCAAGAUCCUGCUGGCUAUUCUUGACUGUGUCCAUGUGAGCACAAUUUUUCCCUUCAACAAGCUGGAAAAAGGAGAUGAGAGUAAAGGUACGAGCCCCGGGUGGUCAAUGGAGGAGACGGACGCGACAGGCGUGAAACUGAUCAGCUGUGUGUGUGUGUGUGUUUGUGUGUGUGUGCUUCCAGGCAGCAAUGUGAUGAGGUCCAUUCAUGGAGUAGGAGAGCUGAUGUCGCAGGUCGUCCUCAGAGGAGGAGGUUUCCUUCCCACGACUCUGAACAACGCCUCAGACGGAGAUACAGUCAAGACCCAGACCGAACCCGAGAAACAGGACAUCCUGGUCAUGGACACGAAGCUGAAGAUUAUUGAGAUCCUGCAGUUCAUCCUCAACGUUCGGCUGGACUACAGGAUCUCCUGCCUGCUCUCUAUCUUUAAGAGAGAGUUUGAUGAAAGUAAUUCCCAGAGUGAAUUAUCUGUAACUGGAGCAGUCGAGGGACCAAAUAAUAUGCCAGGGGCUUUGGAUUUUGAGCACAUCGAAGAGCAGGCUGAGGGGAUUUUUGGUGGAAGUGAAGAGAACACCCCACUGGACCUGGAUGAUCAUGGUGGCCGAACUUUCCUGAGGGUGCUGCUCCACUUAACCAUGCAUGAUUAUCCUCCUCUGGUGUCCAGAGCCCUGCAUCUGCUCUUCAGGCACUUCAGCCAAAGACAGGAGGUUCUGCAGGCAUUCAAGCAGGUCCAGUUGCUGGUCACCAGCCAAGACGUGGAAAAUUACAAACAAAUAAAGUCAGACUUGGACCAGCUACGCUCUAUUGUGGAGAAGUCUGAGCUGUGGGUGUACAAGAGGCAGGGGCCGGAUGAGGGCAUGGACGUGGCAGAGGGGCUCUCCUCUGAGUCGGAUCAUAAAAAGGGGGUGUCGGGGGGCACGGACAAACCAAAGAAACCAGAGAGCACAAGCAGUUACAACUACAGGGUGGUGAAGGAGAUCCUGCUGCGUCUCAGCAGGUUGUGUGUCCAAGAAGGUCUGUCAGGUAGAAAGAGCAAGAAGCAGCAGCAGAGACUGUUGAGGAACAUGGGGGCUCAUGCUGUGGUGCUGGAGCUCCUUCAGAUCCCCUAUGAAAAGGGGGAAGAUUUGCGCAUGCAGGACAUCAUGAAGCUUGCACAUCAGUUUCUGCAGAAUUUCUGCGCUGGAAACCAACAGAACCAAGCCCUGCUGCACAAACACAUCAAUCUCUUUCUUAACCCAGGGAUCUUAGAAGCCGUCACGAUGCAGCAUAUCUUCAUGAAUAACUUCCAGCUGUGCAGUGAGAUCAAUGAGCGCGUGGUUCAGCACUUCGUCCACUGCAUCGAGACGCACGGCCGCAACGUCCAGUACCUCAAGUUCCUGCAGACCAUUGUCAAAGCAGAGAACAAGUUCAUCAAAAAAUGUCAAGACAUUGUCAUGGCUGAGCUGGUGAAUGCCGGUGAAGACGUUCUGGUCUUUUACAAUGACCGCGCCUCCUUCCAGACUCUGGUUCAGAUGAUGCGAUCAGAGAGAGACCGCAUGGAUGAGAACAGCCCGCUGAUGUACCACAUUCACCUCGUGGAGCUGCUGGCCGUCUGCACGGAGGGGAAGAACGUCUACACCGAGAUCAAGUGCAACUCCUUGUUGCCGCUGGACGACAUCGUGCGGGUGGUGACCCAUGAAGACUGCAUCCCAGAGGUGAAGAUCGCUUAUAUCAACUUUCUCAACCACUGCUACGUGGACACUGAGGUUGAAAUGAAGGAGAUCUACACUUCCAACCACAUGUGGAAACUCUUUGAGAACUUCCUUGUUGAUAUUUGCAGGGUGUGCAACAACACAAGUGACCGUAAGCACGCGGAUACGAUUCUGGAGCGCUACGUGACAGAGACCGUCAUGAGCAUCGUGACCACCUUCUUCAGCUCUCCUUUUUCUGACCAGAGCACCAGCCUGCAGACCCGGCAGCCUGUCUUUGUGCAGCUGCUGCAGGCAGUGUUCAGGGUCUAUCACUGCAACUGGCUGAUCCCCGUCCAGAAGGGCUCCGUCGAGAGCUGCAUCAAAGUGCUCUCUGAUGUUGCUAAAGGCAGAGCGAUAGCGAUCCCCGUGGACCUGGACAACCAGGUAAACAACCUGUUUGUGAAAUCCAACAACAUUGUUCAGAAGACAGCCAUGAGCUGGAGGCUUUCUGCUCGCAACGCUGCUCGAAGAGACUCUGUGGUGACGGCAUCGCGAGACUACAGGAACAUCAUUGAGAGGCUGCAGGACAUAGUGUCGGCUCUUGAGGAUCGCCUGCGUCCGCUGGUCCAGGCUGAGCUUUCAGUCCUGGUGGACGUGCUUCAUCGGCCCGAGCUGCUCUUCCCGGAAAACACCGAGUCACGCAAGAAGUGUGAGAGUGGAGGCUUUAUAUGCAAACUGAUCAAACAUACGAAGCAGCUGCUGGAGGAAAAUGAGGAGAGACUCUGCAUUAAAGUUCUGCAGACACUUCGUGAGAUGAUGACAAAGGACAGAGGUUAUGGGGAGAAGCUCAGGGCCUUUGAUGAUGAGAUGGAUGUGCCUAAGCAGCUGGAUCAGAACCAGCCUGAGAAGCUGUUGGAGGACCAAAAAAGGGGCGAGGCGCUGAGACAGAUUCUGGUGAACCGUUACUAUGGCAACUUUCACCGGAGUAGUGGGCGGAGGGACAGCCUGACGUCAUUCAGCAAUGGCCCCCUCAGUCCAGUAGGACCAGGCAAGAACCAGUCAGCACUCGUAGGGCCCGGUGGACUGAGUCGUGGGGAAAUGAGUCUGGCUGAAGUACAGUGCCAUCUGGACAAAGAAGGAGCCUCGGACCUGGUUAUCGAUCUCAUCAUGAACACCACCAGUGACCGAGUCUUCCAGGAAAGCAUCCUCUUGGCCAUCGCCCUGCUGGAAGGCGGAAACACCACCAUACAGCGCUCGUUCUUUUGCCGUCUGACAGAAGACAAGAAAUCAGAAAAGUUCUUCAGAGUCUUUUAUGACCGCAUGAAGUCGGCCCAGCUGGAGAUCAAAGCCACCGUGACGGUUAAUACAAGUGACCUGGGAAACAGGAAGCGAGAUGACGACAGCCAGGACAAAGAUGUCCCAGCACGCAAAAAAGCAAGAGACUCGGCGGUGGUGAUGACAGAGGAUGUGAAAGAACAGCUAUUAGAGGCCUCGUCCGCCACCAAGAAAGCCUUCAACUCUUACCGGCGUGAAGCCGACCCGGAGGAUCACUUCACCUCAGCGGACGGCCAGCCCAGCUCUGGAGACAAGAACCAGGAUGAGGGAGAGAUGAGCUUUGUGAUUGUGAUCAUGCAGCCUAUCCUCCGCUUCCUCCAGCUCCUCUGUGAGAAUCACAACCGUGACCUUCAGAAUUUUCUCCGUUGUCAAAACAAUAAGAACAACUACAACCUUGUGUGCGAGACGCUGCAGUUCCUGGACUGCAUCUGUGGGAGCACCACAGGAGGCCUGGGUCUGCUGGGACUCUACAUCAAUGAGAAAAACGUUGCUCUCAUCAACCAGACUCUGGAGAGUCUAACAGAGUACUGUCAAGGCCCCUGCCAUGAAAACCAGAACUGCAUCGCCACGCAUGAGUCCAACGGCAUCGAUAUCAUUAUUGCACUGAUUCUCAAUGACAUCAACCCACUUGGGAAGAAGCGGAUGGACCUCGUGUUGGAGCUCAAGAACAACGCAUCCAAGCUGUUGCUUGCCAUCAUGGAGAGCCGCCACGACAGUGAAAAUGCUGAGAGGAUCCUGUAUAACAUGAGACCUAAGGAGCUGGUGGAGGUGAUAAAGAAGGCAUAUCUGCAGGGAGAAGUGGAGUUUGAGGACACGAAAGAGGAAGAAGAUAACGAAGAAGAGGAGGAACAUGAUGCUGCCUCACCCAGAAACGUUGGACACAACAUCUACAUUUUAGCUCAUCAGUUGGCGCGUCACAAUAAGGAGCUGUCCAUGAUGCUGAAGCCUGGCGGGGCCAGCGGGGAGGGAGACGAGGCCUUGGAGUUUUACGCCAAACACACCGCUCAGAUCGAGAUCGUGCGACAGGACCGCACCAUGGAGGAGAUAGUGUUCCCCGUCCCCAACAUCUGCGAGUUCCUGACUUCCGAGUCGAAGCUGCGGGUCUACUACACCACCGAGAGGGACGAGCAGGGCAGCAAGAUUAAUGACUUCUUCCUGCGAGCAGAGGACCUCUUUAAUGAGAUGAACUGGCAGAAAAAACUCAGAGCCCAGCAGGUGCUCUAUUGGUGCUCCAGAAACAUGUCGGUGUGGAGUAACGUUUCCUUCAACCUGGCUGUGCUCAUGAACCUGCUGGUCUGUUUCUUUUACCCCCUGGAGGGGGUGCAUGGAGGCAUGCUGGACUCCCAUCUGUCCGCACUGCUGUGGAUGGGUGUCCUGGCAACGCUGAUCAUCGUCAUCAUCAUGCCCCAGCCGCUGGGGAUCCGCGCCCUGGUCAUUGUCACAAUCCUCCGCCUCAUCUUCUCCGUGGGUCUGGAGCCCACGCUCUUCCUUUUGGGUGCUUGCAAUGUUUGUAAUAAAAUCAUCUUCCUCAUAAGUUUUGUUGGUAAUCGUGGCACCUUCACCCGAGGCUACAGAGCCAUGGUGAUGGACUUUGAGUUCCUCUACCAUCUCAUCUACCUCAUCAUCUGCUGUCUGGGGGUGUUUGGCCACGUCUUUUUCUACAGUCUGUUGCUGUUUGAUCUGGUGUACCGAGAAGAGACUUUACUGAAUGUCAUCAAGAGUGUGACUCGUAACGGACGCUCCAUCGUGCUCACCGCCGUCCUCGCACUCAUUCUGGUCUACCUGUUCUCCAUUGUGGGCUACAUCUUCUUCAAAGACGACUUCAUCCUGGAGGUGGAUCGGAUCCCAAACACAACCAUGAAAAAUGGAGGCAGUCUGGCCGACGAGUUCCUGACUGCAAAAACGUGUCGAGAAGAAAAUGAGGAGAAUUGCACAAUAAGUGACCUGCAGGAAGAUUUAGUGACCGACGCUGAGGAGGACGGUGACAUGGAGCGGACAUGCGACUCUUUGCUGAUGUGUAUCGUGACUGUGCUGAGUCACGGCCUGAGGAGCGGAGGGGGUGUCGGUGAUGUUCUCCGUAAGCCCUCCAAAGAGGAGCCUCUGUUCGCAGCCAGAGUCAUUUAUGACCUGCUGUUCUUCUUCAUGGUCAUCAUCAUCGUCCUCAACCUCAUCUUUGGUGUAAUCAUCGACACCUUUGCCGACCUGAGGAGUGAGAAGCAGAAGAAAGAAGAAGUCCUGAAGACGACCUGCUUCAUCUGCGGUCUGGAGCGCGACAAGUUUGACAACAAGACGGUGACUUUCGAGGAGCACAUCAAAGAGGAGCACAACAUGUGGCACUACCUGUUCUUCAUCGUGCUGGUGAAGGUGAAAGACUCCACGGAAUACACGGGGCCCGAGAGCUACGUGGCCGAGAUGAUCAAGGAGCACAACCUGGACUGGUUCCCUCGGAUGCGAGCCAUGUCGCUGGUGAGCAGCGACGCGGAGGGAGAGCAGAACGAAAUCAGGAACCUGCAGGAGAAGCUGGAGUCAACCAUGCGGCUGGUUGCAAACUUGUCCGGACAGCUGACUGAACUCAAAGAACAGAUGACAGAGCAGAGGAAACAGAAACAGCGUAUUGGACUGCUGGGACACCCCCCUCAUAUGAACAUCAACCCCCAGCAGCCUGCCUGAGGGCCCCCCGGGGCUGCUUCCACCAGUGCCUGCGCUCCUUCUUAAAGGGGGUACCACAUGUUCGACAUUAAGAUGACGGAACAUGUCCGUCUUUCCAGCUCCGGUGGGUCGGCGUCUGACAGCAGAUGCUCCCAGAACGUCCCUUCGUCCGGCAGGCAGUGUCCACGUGAAGUGAAAGUUAUGUCGUCAAGUGUGUGUGUGUGUGUGUGUGUGUGUGUGUGUGUGUGUGUGUGUGUGUGUGUGUGUGUGUGGGUGGAGUGUGCACCAAGUGCCUCAGGACAUGAGGAGACAGUCCUGUAAGUUUUCAAUGAACACACUGACUCCAGCUUCGCUCCGCCUGAACGCCUCCUGCGUUCGACCACUCUGCCAGCAUGCCAAAGUUCAGCCACCGCUCCCGAGGAAGUGGCCUUGCUCCGAGGCUUUAGCCCUCGGCGUUGCACCAGCAGUCUCAGGUCACAUGUGGAUUCGGAGGUUUGUUUGAACCCUACAACACAUUAUUUAAUAUCUCUGCUUUCAUCUGACAGCAAUAGGAAUGCUUUAUGAUAUGCAAUGUUUAAGUAAGGAUAAACUAUUUUUGGGAAAUUAUCUUUACUUUUAUAUUUGAAAUGAUUCAAAGAUUUAUCCUUUAUUUAAAUAUGAAUUUAAACUACACUAUGAAGAGGUCUUCACCAUUUUUGUAAAACUCCAUCAUUAUUAUUAUUGUUAUUAUUAUUAUUGUUAUUUUUGCUCUUUUUUUUAGCAAGUUUUUGCAAUCCUUUUCAGUUCUUUGUUAUCUCAGAUUGAGUCCUGUUUGUUCCAGGACAUUUCCGAUAAAAAAAAAAAAAAAAACGAGCUCAAUCAGUGUCAAGAUAAAUAACUGUGACCUAUUAAAUUCUUUCUCUUCUGUUAAAGUAAAACAAAGUAAAUGAUUGGAGAGAAAAUCAUAAUUAUUUCACCCUGUAUCCAUCUGGUGUUUCAGGACAGUUUAGGAACAACCUGAGUCAUUUUGGGAGUAACUUUGUACCAGUUUUCAUUUUGUCUGCACUGAAUCAUUCAAUCCUUUGUCCAUCCAUUUAGUCCAGAGCACUGAGAUUUUCUGUAGCGCACAAGUAAUAUAUACAGUUUUCGGUUAGUCACUUUGUAAAACAUUUACGUGAUGGUGGUUGUUUGAGUGUUUGACUGUGUGUGUGUGUGUGUGUGUGUGUGUGAGAGAGAGAGAGAGAGAGGGAAGAAAUUGGUGUGAUUUGGAGUGCUGCUUGACCAAAAUAAUGUGUUUAUCCUGAUACAUGGUUUGUGUCUGAAUUGUACAUUCCAUUGUUGGAAGCUAUUUCAAUAAACAAGUGUGUGAAAUA